GCGACGGGCGGGGCAGGGCUAUGGGCCGGUGGCGGUGAGCGGCGCGGGGAUGGCGGCGGCCCGCGGCUGCCCCCCGGCGGGCUCCGGGGACCGCGCCAUGGCCGAGCUGCUGCUGGAGUUCUCCCGGGCACAGUACCGCGCCAAGGAUGGCGGCGGAGCCGCCGCUGCUAAGGUGGAGCGGAUCGAGCGGCGGUGCCUGGAGCUCUUCGGCCGCGACUACCGGUACAGCGUGAUUCCCAACGCGCACGGCGAGGUCUGCGCCCACUACCCGCGGCACAUCGUCCUCCUGGAGCGCGACGCCGGCGCCGGCCGCGACCUGUUUGAGAGCACUGUGCAGGCUGGCAAACUGCAGGACCUUAUCAACCGAAGUAAGAUGGCGAGGUGUAGAGGACGAUUUGUUUGCCCAGUCAUUCUGUACAAGGGAAAGCAUAUUUGUAGAUCAGCAACGCUGGCUGGCUGGGGAGAGCUCUAUGGGCGCACUGGCUACAACUAUAUCUUCUCAGGGGGUUCUGAUGAUGCUUGGGCAGAUGCAGAAGACAUUUCAGAGGAAGAUCCUGCACUUAGAAAUGCAGACUCCCAGCUGUUUGACAAGGUCAGAGGGCACGACAUCAAGCUGCUUCGAUACCUGUCUGUCCGAUAUAUCUGUGACCUGAUGGUGGAAAACAAGAAGGUGAAGUUUGGCUUGAAUGUGACGUCUUCUGAGAAGGUGGACAAAGCUCAACGUUACGCUGAUUUCACGCUUCUCUCCAUCCCAUAUCCAGGCUGUGAAUUUUUUAAGGAGUACAAAGACCGGGAUUAUACAGCUGAAGGUCUCAUAUUUAACUGGAAGCAGGAUUAUGUAGAUGCUCCAUUAAGUAUCCCAGUCUCUCUGACCCAAUCUCUGAGUAUUGAUUGGAGCGAGUACCAGAGCUGGGACCUUGUGCAACAGACACAGAACUACCUGAAGCUGCUGAUCUCCAUUAUCAAUACUGAUGAUGACAGCGGGCUCCUGGUGCACUGUAUAUCCGGCUGGGAUCGAACUCCUCUCUUCAUCUCCUUAUUGCGCCUCUCCUUAUGGGCUGAUGGACUGAUCCACACAUCCCUGGAGCCGUCUGAGAUUCUCUACCUGACAGUGGCCUAUGACUGGUUUCUGUUUGGGCACAUGUUAGUCGAUCGCCUCAGUAAAGGAGAAGAGAUUUUCUUUUUCUGCUUCAAUUUUCUGAAGCACAUCACCUCUGAGGAGUUCUCUGCUGUGAAGUCGCAGAGAAGGAAGAGUUUGCCCCCUGGCUUCACCCUGGAAGAGAUCUGCAUGCUCAAGCAGAGAGACCGAGGCAGCACCACAAGUCUGAGCAGCGACUUCUCCCUGGGGAUGGAAAGUUCCCCUGGAGCAGCUGGGAGCUUCACCUACGAAGCAGUGGAGUUGAUGCCAGCAGGAGCACAGGCUCAAGCAGCGUGGAGGAAGAGCUGUGCAUCGUCACCACAAGCCGUGCUCUGGAGCAGGGCACAGCAGUCUGAAGACAGGCUGCCUUCCACAGGGAUGGUCGAAGUCAAGUCCUCCAGCUCCUCCUCAUCAACCCAUUCUGAUAACUUCCUGAGGAUUGGAAGCAGCCCACUAGAAGUGCCCAGAUCCAGAUCGGCGGACCAUUCUCUGCCCGGAUCUUCCGUUUCCACAGACUUUGGCAGCUGGCAGAUGGUGACAGGGUGUGGCAGUAUUCGGGAGCAGGCAAUCCUGAGCGCAGACGCCUCUCUCCCUUGCAGCUUCCCGGAUGAGUUCCCUAGCACUUGCCUGCUGGUGUCGGCGAGCGACCGCGAGUCCCGGCUGGAAGAAGUGCGUUCUGCCUUUCUGGCCAGCUACAGCCGGACCAUCGGCCUGAAGGCUGUGCCCCCCAGCCCCUCGGGGGCCAUCGGCGGCCUCCUCGAGCAGUUCGUGCGGGGCGUGGGACUGAGAGGCAGCAGCAGCAGCACGCUCUGAGCGUGGCGUUGCUGGGCUGCUGGCUGGAGAACCGGGACCCGGCAGGUCCCCCUGGCCGAGCCGGGAGCCUUUUCCUGGGGUGGGCACUGCAGCACCCACCCGGCCCGCUGCCGGCCACCCCUGCCUGGGGCUGGGGGAGCGUGGGGGGCUCUGACGAGUCUCUGCAGUAAAGACACCCGAGCUGUGCCCUC